GAUCUCGUGAGAAGCGCAGCUUCUCGGGGAAGCUGUCAUGGCUGCUCCUGUACGUAGCCACAGCCUUGUGCUCUAAGGUGAGUGGAGGACGAGCUUGGGCUUAGCGGCUGCCCGUAUCACAUCCUAGACUUUUUUACUUCGAGGAGAAGAGUCUCACGAGUUGUCUUGGAAGAAAACCACAGCACGUGUUCUUUUUCACUAGUAGAAGUGACGUUGGUUUCAUAUUGACAACUUUGAAGCCAUUUGGAAGUGUUUCAGUGGAGAGCAAAAUGAAUAACAAAGCGGGCUCCUUUUUCUGGAACCUUAGACAAUUCAGUACAUUAGUUUCAACAAGCAGAACUAUGAGGCUAUGUUGUUUGGGACUUUGCAAACCAAAAAUAGUUCAUUCAAACUGGAACAUUUUAAAUAACUUUCAUAACAGAAUGCAAUCAACUGAUAUCAUUAGAUAUCUCUUUCAGGAUGCAUUCAUUUUUAAAUCAGAUGUUGGCUUUCAAACAAAGGGCAUAAGCACUCUAACAGCCCUUAGAAUUGAAAGACUACUUUAUGCUAAAAGACUGUUUUUUGACUCAAAGCAGUCUCUUGUCCCUGUUGAUAAAUCUGAUGAUGAAUUGAAGAAAGUAAACCUUAAUCAUGAAGUCUCCAAUGAAGAUGUUCUUACCAAGGAAACAAAACCAAACCGUAUCAGCAGUAGAAAACUGUCUGAGGAAUGUAAUUCCCUGAGUGAUGUGUUAGAUGCAUUUUCAAAAGCGCCAACAUUUCCUAGUAGCAACUAUUUCACAGCAAUGUGGACAAUUGCCAAAAGACUGUCUGAUGACCAGAAGCGCUUUGAAAAACGACUGAUGUUUAGCCACCCUGCAUUUAAUCAGCUCUGUGAACAUAUGAUGAGAGAAGCCAAGAUCAUGCAGUAUAAGUACCUACUGUUCAGUCUUCACGCCAUAGUGAAGCUUGGAAUCCCUCAGAACACUAUUUUGGUGCAGACUUUGCUGAGGGUGACCCAGGAACGUAUCAAUGAGUGUGAUGAGAUAUGCCUUUCAGUUUUGUCAACUGUUUUAGAGGCAAUGGAACCAUGCAAGAAUGUUCAUGUUCUACGAACGGGAUUCAGAAUACUAGUUGAUCAGCAAGUUUGGAAAAUAGAAGAUGUCUUCACAUUACAAGUUGUGAUGAAGUAUAUUGGAAAAGAUGCACCGAUUGCUCUUAAGAGGAAACUGGAGAUGAAAGCCUUGAGGGAAUUAGACAGAUUUUCUGUUUUGAAUAGCCAGCACAUGUUUGAAGUACUAGCUGCCAUGAAUCACCGAUCUCUUAUACUCCUGGAUGAAUGCAGUAAGGUGGUCCUAGAUAAUAUCCAUGGGUGUCCUUUAAGAAUAAUGAUCAACAUAUUGCAGUCCUGCAAAGACCUCCAAUACCAUAAUUUGGAUCUCUUCAAGGGACUUGCAGAUUAUGUGGCUGCAACUUUCGACAUCUGGAAGUUCAGAAAAGUUCUUUUUAUCCUCAUUUUAUUUGAAAACCUUGGCUUUCGACCUGUUGGUUUAAUGGACCUGUUUAUGAAGAGAAUAGUAGAGGAUCCUGAAUCCCUAAACAUGAAAAACAUUCUAUCUAUUCUUCAUACUUACUCUUCUCUCAAUCAUGUCUACAAAUGCCAGAACAAAGAACAGUUCGUGGAAGUUAUGGCUAGUGCUCUGACUGGUUAUCUUCACACUAUUUCUUCUGAAAACUUAUUGGAUGCAGUAUAUUCAUUUUGCUUGAUGAAUUACUUUCCCCUGGCUCCUUUUAAUCAGCUUCUGCAAAAAGACAUCAUCAGUGAGCUGCUGACAUCAGAUGACAUGAAGAAUGCUUACAAGCUGCAUACUUUGGAUACUUGUCUAAAACUUGAUGAUACUGUCUUUCUGAAGGACAUAGCCUUGUCACUCCCACAGCUGCCGCGGGAGCUGCCAUCGUCACAUACAAAUGCAAAGGUGGCAGAGGUGCUGAGCAGGCUUCUGGGAGGUGAAGGACACUUCUCAAAGGAUGUGCAUUUGCCACACAAUUAUCAUAUUGAUUUUGAAAUCAGAAUGGACACUAACAGGAAUCAAGUGCUACCACUUUCUGAUGUGGAUACAACUUCUGCUACAGAUAUUCAAAGAGUAGCUGUGCUAUGUGUUUCCAGAUCUGCUUAUUGUUUGGGUUCAAGCCACCCCAGAGGAUUCCUUGCUAUGAAAAUGCGGCAUUUGAAUGCAAUGGGUUUUCAUGUGAUCUUGUGUUUUCUGGCUCAUCCGUGUCAUGGCAUGUGGCAGUAUUUCUUUCGCCCGGGCACUUUGGGAGGCUAAGAUGGAGAGGCCGAGAGUUGAAGACCAGCCUGGGUAACAUUGCAAGACCCCCAUCUCUACAAGAAAAUUAAAAAGGCUUGAGCCCGGGAGAUUGAGCCUGCAGUGAGCCAUGAUCAUGCCCCUGCACUCCAGCCUGGGGAAAGAAUGAUACCCUGUCUCAAAGAAAAAAAAAAAGAAUUUCCUUCCUUUUAAAAAGAUGGAAUUAUAUUCUAUUGUAUGUAUAUACCACAUUUUGUUUAUCUGCAGAUGGGCCCUUGGAUUGUUUCUACCUUUUGUAUCUGUGUGUGUGUGUGUGUGUGUGUGUGUGUGUGUGUGUGUGUGUCUUUCUAGAAAUUUGUUAUUCUCCUGAGUGUUAAACUGUUUUAAAUGUUUGGUUUUUCAUUUCUAGAACAUUUUCCUGUCCUAAAGUUUACCUAUCUAGCUAUCUAUCAUCUAUCAUUUUUCCUAAGGAUCUUUAGUUGUUUACUUUUUAAUGAAGUAUAAUAUACGUUAUGAUAGUGUAUUUUAUGUAUCCUCAUAUCCUUUCACUGUGGAUUUAAUUUUUAGAAAUAACAAAAAGUCACAUAGGGCAAAUUCAUUAAGCUGAGUGGGUGAUUAAGUUAACAAUAGUAAUGACCAUGUAUUAAGUGCCUACUAUGUGCCAGGCACUGUGCUAACAUUUCACACCCAUUAUAUCAUUCAGUCUUCACACCCCUGUUUGGUGGUUAUUAAUGAUUACUAAUAUUUUAUAGAUGAAUAAACUGAUACUCAGGGCCUUAAUUGCCUUUCCUAGGGGUGCACAACUAGAAAAAAGGCAGAGCCAGAUCUGCACCCAAGUCCUUCUGACCCCAGAGCUCAUGCUUGUGUCAUCGCACCAGUGUUACUCAAGCUUUCCUGGUGAUUACAGUCACAUGUACUUGACAAAACCACAAACUGCUGGGCCUGUCCCAGUGAUACUGAAUCGAAAUUUACUGAGGAGGGACCUGGGAGAUUACACUGCUUGAACAGCAUGGUACCAGGGAACCAGAGAUCAACUUCAACCCUUCUGUUAGCUCUUAGUGGGCUGGUCAGCUGGAUGUAGAAGCUAAAUUGACAGCAGGCAGGUUAACAAGAGAAAAAUGUAUAGAUUUUACUAGUUUUACAUGUACAUGGGGAUCUUCACAAGAGAGUGAAGUCUGAACAAGAGGCCAAAGUAAGAUAUUCUUAUACUUUUUAGACAAAGAAUGAUAAAUUUGAGAAGAAACAACAGGAGAAAGAAAAUCUGGCUAGGACAGUAAAAUUUUCUAGGGGAGUCACAGGAGAUAUAUGAGGGGGUGUAAAGCAAGUGGAAGAUAAAGGUUAUUUUGUUCGUAAGUUUGUUUAUUUGGGUUCAUUGCAGCCUCCAAGUCUCUGGUGAUAAGGGCUCUUUUCUCAUCCUGGUAUGGAUAAAUCUCAGGGCCUUCGAAGAGUAUCCGUCCCAGAGGAUUCUUGCUCCAUACAGGAAGAGAUAGAUCAGCUCUUCCUUUCUGAAACUAGAAUUUCUCCAUUGUUUUCCAUUAGAAAUAAUCAACAUACAAAUUUUGGGAUGGCACAUCCUUCAGUCCUCCGAUGGUAUCUACCAUAUUUUUUUCAAACAUAUAACAUACUUCUAAGGUAAUGAGAUUAGGUUGUGCAGCUCACAAAUAGCUCUGAAGGCAGUUCCUAUAGCAGAGACUCAAUUGUUAUGAGCAUUAGCUAUUGGCAUGACAGAAUAGGCUUCAAAGUGACUUCUUUGAAGGACAAGAUUUAUUUGAAUGUUCUGCUUUAGAAUCAUUAAAAUGAGCACCCUCACUGCCAUGUUGGCUCUACGCACAGUAAGAUUAGAGAGACAGCGUUUUACAGUGAAAAGAGUAAGUCAACCCUGGUUUGGGAUCUGGAUAAAUCGCUUAACUUCUCAGAGCCUUAGUUUCUUCAUCUGUAAAAUGGAUUACUACCCAAUUUGAAGAACUAUUGUAUACAUUAGAAAUAACUAUAUAUGCCUUGUCAUGUAGUAGAUGCUUAUAGCAGUUCUUAUAAUAAUAAAGCAAAGUCCCCGUGGUGUAUCGUAAAUGUGAACCACACUC